AUGUUUUAUGAAAUUUUUGAUUAUCUUCUUUGUCAAGAUAUUUAUAAAGCAUUUUCAAAUCUGAAUAAUCGUUUUGAAAAUCUUCUCUUUAAUUCAUCAUAUCUUCUAACAAUUCGAUUUUCUUCUGAAUCAGAAUCAAUAUUCGACGAUCGUUAUAAACAUCUCAUCAAUUCAAAUAAAUAUCAGAUUAUUUCACUUCAUUCUGAUAAUCAAUCACUUAUUAAUAAAUUCAACAUAUUAUAUACCAUUGAUUCAUCAUUCAAUCACCUUCAAUCAAUUAUUCUUCAUGAAAUCGCAACAUUUCAAUUGAUGAAGCUUCUCUUUCGUUUAAAAUCUUUACCACGUCUCUUCUCUCUCACUGUUUUUCUUGAUCAUUGCGAUGAUGAUCUUGGUGAUAUUUAUCGAGUUGUUUUUCAUAUAUCAUACUUAAAAUAUUUUAAAUUGAAUAUAUCAGACUAUCAAGAAUUAAAUCUUAACAUACCAAUUGCUACAAAUGAACAAUUUUCUUCUAUUGAAUAUUUAGUUAUUUAUCAUCGUUUGACUCUUAAUGAACUAACUAAUUUACUUUCUCAUACACCUCGACUUACUCAUUUGUGUUGUUUUAAUGUAACUGAAUCAGAAGAUGAUAUUAAAUUAGAGACAUUAAUGAAAUUAAAUAAUUUACGACAUUUAACUAUAUCUAUAAAUCAUCUUAGUUUUGAUAAAUUUGAAACAUUUCUUGUAAAAUUACCUUCUCAAUUAAGAAUAUUAAGUGUUACAAUUAAUUGUUUAGACAAGAAUUAUUUAAAUGGAGCUCGAUUGGAAUAUAUAAUAUCACAACAUAUACCUUAUUUAAAUAAACUUAUCUUUUGUUAUACUGAUAUUAUUGAUAAUGAUUUUGAAAUCAAACCUUGUCAUGCAUUGGUCAAUCAUUUUACAUCAUCAUUUUAUCUUAAAAGACAAUGGAUAUUUAGAAUCUUUAUUAACAAUGAUAAAAUAAUCUAUUUAAUACGUUCUUCAAGAAAUUUAUAUAAUGAUUUUCAAGAAUUUAUAAAUCUUACUAGUUCUUCAAUUUAUCCUCUUCGUGGUGCCCAUAUUAGCAUCAGGAGUAAUCUUCAUACCAAAGAAAAUGAACCAUUUAUUAACAAAAUUAUUCCUUUAUUUGAAAUGUUAAAUGUUACUCGUUUAAAUAUCGACUGCAGUCAAAUAGUUCCUAAUAUUUUUUUAAAAAUCCUAAGUUUAUUGCCGAAUCUUGAUUCAAUGAGAAUAAUAUCAUUCCCACCAUCUGAAAAAUUAUUACUAAUUAAUGAAAGUUCAAAAAUGUUUUAUCUCUUCUUAGGGAAUAAUAAAAUAACUAAAUUGUCUCUUAGAGAUAUACCUAGCUUCGAACAAAUGUUUCUUAUUAUGAAUCUUUUUUCACAUAUCAAAUUUAUCGAAUUACAACAGAUUAGUAACUCUAAUGUUGAACUAAUCAUUCGAUGUGCUUUAUGGAAAAUUCAGAUAACAAAUAAUAAUCAUAUUAAAACACUUUGUGUCAAUGUUGAUGAAGGAUCUCAUAAUGAACUUGAAAAAUUACAGAAAAUGAUCAUUUCAGAAAACUUACUUGAGGAUUAUAUAAUAUAUCGUCGACAUAAUAAAUAUUAUUUAAAAUGGAAAUAA